GUCAAAAACACUCCGCUGGAAAGGAUGCUUAGCUUGCAAAGACAAUAACUAGGCUAUUUUUUUUAAUUCUCACCGGACAUCGUCGCUUGAAAUACCACACAGAUAAUAACUGGAUUAGUUUCUGAAAUUAUUUCACAUUCGACGGGAUCCAUGUCUUUUCUUGCCCAUGAGGACAGCCAGGAGAGCCUGACUUCGCUCCCACGUCGGUACACCAUGGGUAGCUUCCUCCCUGACACUAGUGCCUACGAGCUCCUCACUGUAAUUGGUCGGGGUCUGGAGGACUUGAUGACAGUGAACCUGGCCCGAUACAGACCCACUGGAGAGCAUGUGGCUAUCCGCCGCAUUGACCUGGAAUCAUGCACCAAUGACAUGGUCACCUACCUGCAGGGUGAACUUCAUGUGUCAAAGUUGUUUCACCAUCCCAGUAUUCUACCCUAUAAGUGCGUCUUUAUUGCUGAAAAUGAGCUCUGGGUUAUCAGUCCCUUUAUGGCUUAUGGAUCGGCUAGAGACCUGAUCAGCACUCACUUCACCGAUGGGAUGAGCGAGCUGGCCAUUGCAUACAUUUUGCUUGGCAUGCUGAAAGCUCUGGAAUACAUCCAUCACAUGGGCUAUGUGCACCGGAGUGUAAAGGCAAGCCAUGUGCUGAUCUCGGCAGAUGGCCAGGUGUGCAUGUCAGGUCUGCGGAGUAUCUUCAGCCUCAUCCGUCAUGGUCAGCGGGCCAAAGUGGUCCAUGACUUUCCCCAGUACAGUGUUAAAGUUCUUCCCUGGCUCAGCCCAGAAGUGCUGCAGCAGAAUCUACAAGGCUAUGACUCUCGGUCUGACAUCUACAGCCUUGGCAUCACAGCCUGUGAGCUUGCCAAUGGACAUGUUCCCUUCAAAGACAUGCCAGCCACACAAAUGCUGCUGGAGAAGCUGAACGGGACUGUGCCGUGUUUGCUGGACACCACCACGAUCCCGCCAGAGGAGCUGUCCAUGAAGCCAUCUCGCUCGGGGGCUGACUCUGGGAUCUGCGAAGGCCCCGGGGCCGGUGGGGUCCGUCACUCUAAUGGAGAGCCAUCAUCAUCCUACUCAGCAGGACACCCAUACAGCCGGACGUUCUCCCCUCACUUCCAUGCCUUUGUCGAGCUGUGUCUUCAGAGGGACCCAGAAAAACGACCUUCUGCCACUGUUCUGGUAGGCCACCCUUUUUUCAAACAGAUUAAGCGCCGACCCUCAGAGGCCUUGCCUGAGCUAUUCCGGCCUUUGUCGCCAAUCACCAGCUUUGAAAGCUCCCAGCCUCAGGACUCUCCAUCUGGACUGGCCAGCCUGGAGUCUGGCCUCAGCCACUUGGAUGUGGAUGACUGGGAUUUCUGA